CCACGAUUCGGCCCCUUACAUCAUGACUUCGUCGUUAUUGGCCCCCGAGGCCUUGGCCACGAGUUUGUCGGCCGUGACCACGCCCCAGGGUGGGGUGCAUUCCGCCUUGCUCCUCACGGCCGAAGGUCAAGUCAUGGGUUACUCGCGCAAUCUCAACUUAAGCACGGCCGCCUUCAAGGCCGGCCUCAUGGCCACCCUUUGGCGAGCCGAGCUCAGUGCGGCUCAAUCUGCCAGAAAUGACGGGCUCGAAAUGGGCCCGUUGGAGCAUGUGCUCAUUGAGAAUGAUGAAGGCUUCGUGGCCUUAGCCGCUUGCUCGAAUUUUGUGGUGGGUCUUGAGGCUUCGAGUCACGUGCAAUUGGGGAUGUUGAAGAAAAAAGCGUUGGUCUUGGCCCAAGCAUUGGCCCAGCCACUCAAGUUGGCUACGCCCCUCUCUUGGAAUGGACAGGCCUCGUAAGGAUCAUUAGUGAGAUCGAUUGGAUCAUUUUACUCUUUGUCGCCGAUGAAGGCUGAACGGGCCAAUUGGUUCAUUAUUCGUUUGUGUCGAGUAGUUCGCGCUUCACCCGAUAAAGAUAUCGCCAAUAUUGAUGUAGGUAUGAGGUUUCUACCAGUAAAUUCAUUGAUUAUGAUAAAUUGUCAAUUUGAAAUGAAUCAAAUAUAUUCAUGCUGAGCCUUGAAA